UACUUUAUCAUCACUCUUAUCUUACUGCUUACCACACAUAAAAUGUGAAAUUUUCGAACCCAUAAAAAAGUUAUAUUUUCGAUUUGUCGAGAGCUACUUUUUCGUACUAAGCAACUGAAUUGAUUUCAAGUUUUAAUUAUCAACAUGAUACGUGUCCGCUUUCGUAUAUCUUAUUAAAUUUGAUACGAACAGAAAUGAACAUCCAUUAAGUUAAACAAUAUUUUCUUGCUCUGUAAAAUCGCUUGCGGUUUUAGUUUAGACUCUUUGUGCAUAGUAGAAAAAUAUUGAACGAUAAAUAUACUCAGACAUAUUUUGGCUGUGAGCUAAGAAUACACGCUCGUUGUAUUUGAACGGAAAAUAUUGAAAGGAACAGUUGCGUAUGAAUACAACAAGAAAAGUGUUGCACAGACAAUUACAUUCGUUUUCUUGAAGCAACCAUACCAGUGCUAUAAGGUGUAUGUUCGUUUCAAAUUAAAAUUUCAUUGAGUUAAGUGUAUUUGUGGUUUACCAGAACCUUUGAUGCAAAUUUGGAUUAAGUGAAUUGGUUCACCGCUUCGUCAAAAUGGAGCAGAUUACGAGGCGAAUUGACUUUGAAAAUAAUAAAUUGCUAAUUUGCGGUACCGUUAGCUGUGUAUUGUACUUAAUCUUUGGCUAUGCUGCCCAGCUCUUGUGCAAUGCUAUCAGCGUCGUAUAUCCAGCCUAUGUGUCAAUACGAGCCAUCGAAAGUCACGAUAAAAUGGACGAUACAAAGUGGUUAACAUACUGGGUCCUAUAUGCAAUCUUUUCGGUUAUUGAAUUCUUUUCGCUGUUUUUAACCAACUUUAUCCCAUUCUACUUUUUGUUGAAGUGUGUGUUCUUCAUUUGGUGCAUGCUUCCAAUCGAAAACAAUGGAUCGAUCAUCAUUUACAAUCGCAUCAUUCGUCCACAAUUUCAAAAGCAUCAUCAGAAUACCGACAAAUUCAUUGAUAACAUAGCUAACAAGGCGAAGGACGUUGUAACUGACGUUUUAAACAAAAAUAAAUAAUUUUGUGAGGUCACAAAUGUUAUUGUAAAUGAUCCUCGCAAUUGAGUAAAAAUGUCAUUUUAAAACACCCCGACUCAUUUGUUUUACACUAAAAAGAAAAAAAAGGACGUCGUUGCACGCACACUUCAAUUUUUUCAAUGAACUUCGUAUUUGUCGAUCUUGAUGAUGAAUUUUGCCCGCAUUUGUUAAUUCGCGAAGUUAAUUUUAUUAAAGAUCUUUUAAGCU